CGCGGCGCCGCCAGCGACGCCGGGGGCCCAGCGCCGUCCCGCCGCCGCGCCGCAUCAAUGAUCGCGCUGCGAGAAGACCGCCGCUUUUGACGCUUCCCUCGUCGUCCUGCGAGUAGAUGACGUAGCCGCUCUUGUGACCAAGAUUCUCGCACGUGGUUUCUUUUUUGGGAGAAGAGACGAAGAUGUGAGUGGCGUAUAGAGGGAAGUCGUGUGAGUGUCUAUUUCCCGGCAGGACUCGUGUUGAAUAUUUGAACAACUAGCUUGUUUUCCAAGGGAAUUGUGUCAACUUCCAUAUCGAUUGACGUUGAAUGUGACCGCUGUUGUACCUUUUAUUUUGUGUUAGAGUUGGCUAGUGUAUGUUUCUCGUUAUAUUGAAUGUCCACUCCGCAAUUUUGACAGUGUUCCGGAAACUCUACCUGUGUACCGUAGCAAUUGCGUAACUUGGCAGUAAAUAACUGUGAUUGUGCUGACAAUACCAUUGUUCCAAUACGUCAUCUCGUCGCCUGCAAACAACGUGUGAUACGAGUGAAGUGUGUGUGCGUGACAAGUGUGUGGAGCACUCUGUAUUAGUCGGGUCGAAGCGCGGAGCGUGUGCGACGUGAAAAGCGGCCUGCAGGUAUCUGAUCGUCGCCGGCGCCGAGGGCUUUAGGCGUUGGAGGACGCGGGUGCGGCUGAGGUCACGCACGGCAGGUCGCGCCGCGCCGCGCCGCGCGGGCCGGGCUGGGUCUAUUGCCGGCAUGCCGGGGCCGCGGGUGCCGGCGAAGACCGCGUCGGCGGGCGACUGAACCGACCUCCCGCGCCAGGUGCGAACCCCGAGCACGCGCCCCCUCCUACGCCCAGCGCCGUCUCACCCGGGCGAACUGCAAUCAUGACUCACACGUAGAGCAGAAGGAGUCACCCAGUCGUGUCGCGUGCGCGCGAGUGAGCGUGUGAUUCAUUAGCGCAGCGGACGGCGAACAGUGUCCUGCUCUACCAGCGCGGCUCCGUCGCUCACCCGUCACCUCCACCACCCGUCCGCCCGGGAGGCUUCACCCACGCUCUCAACCGCCGCCUCGUGCUUUUCUUCUCCGCCCCCGGUGCCGGCGAGAGAGUGCAGUGCCGAGAGCCCGCGUUGCGAUCCCCCAGUGCGGUGCAGUUCGGAUUCGCGUUCUCGAGUGCACAGUGGUUCGUCGCAGCCAGCGAUGACCUUCAAGGCGACGGCGCUGGUGACCGGCGGCGGUGCGGCGCGGCCUGGCCGCGGCCAGCGGACGAGCCGGCUCGACGCGGCGGUGCUGCUCCUGCUGCUGGCGGCCUUGACGACUUGUCCAGGGUUAUUGGCGUGACCUUCGCGGUCACCGUGAGCACACUGGAAGUGGAAGAGACUAUCUAAAGAUCAAGUAUAUUCGGCGUAACUGAAGGGCUCAACGGAUCAUCAAAACUUAAGCAGUCUCGCUGGUUCUCUGCUUGUACUACUUUUACAAGACAGAGUUUUCUUUUAAGAAUACUUUUUAUAUUUCACAUACAUAUAUAAUGUUUCAGAAUAAAUGUUACAAUCUUAUAGGUUGCACGGAGAAGUCGAAUAUGAUCACUUUUUGUCAAUGAGCGAGUAGUACGAAAUUUUA